UAUUUGAGAAACUGAGGCUUAAGGAAGAAUCAUUUGCAGGAAAGAGGAAAAGGCCAUUCUCCAACCAGGCUUCAGAGACCGGAAUGUGCGAUAUGCCAGAUCAUCAGUGUGGUGUGCUGACCCAAACGGUUUUCCCUCCAGGCACUGGGUAAAAAGAUAGAAAUCGACGGGAAGGAACAGGCGAAAGUAGCCUAGGAGAAGUCAUGGCGGGAUGGGAGAGGCCACAGUCUUCUGGUGUCCUAGCUUUAGCAAGCCCCACUUCAAGGCCAAGGUUCUCUGUUGAUAAGCCCCACCUCUGCUCUCUGUGGCCAAGGAGGCCCACCCCAUGCAUCUCCUCCUGCACGGUCCUACUCCUGAGCCCUGAAGUGUGCCGGCUGGCCAAGGGUUAAGCGCGGCGGGAGCCCCCGGCGCGGGGCAGCGGCGGGCCGGGAGUGCUUAGUCAGGAUUCCGAUUUCCUGCUGAAGUGUUUGGAUUUCCUGCAGCCCGCGCCCGCCGUCGCCGCCGAGCGGGCUCGAGAGAGCGGCUCCGCGUCGCCGGCCUCCUCCUCCUCCCCCUCGGCACAUGGUCACCCGCCCCUUCCUGCGCCGCGCUCGGCUCCCGCGCCUCGCCCGGCCUCGCCGCGCCCGUGAUGGAAUAAUGCCCAGCGGCCCGCCCGGUCCCGGUCAUUUUCGGAUGUGAGACAUGAGAUCUUCAGCCUCCCGGCUCUCCAGUUUUUCCUCAAGAGAUUCACUAUGGAAUCGGAUGCCGGACCAGAUCUCCGUGUCCGAGUUCAUCGCCGAGACCACCGAGGACUACAACUCGCCCACCACGUCCAGCUUCACCACGCGGCUGCACAACUGCAGGAACACCGUCACGCUGCUGGAGGAGGCUCUAGACCAAGAUAGAACAGCCCUCCAGAAAGUGAAGAAAUCUGUGAAAGCAAUAUAUAAUUCUGGUCAAGAUCAUGUACAAAAUGAGGAAAACUAUGCACAAGUUCUGGAUAAGUUUGGAAGUAAUUUUUUAAGCAGAGACAACCCUGACCUUGGCACUGCUUUUGUCAAGUUUUCUACACUUACAAAGGAACUGUCCACGCUGCUGAAAAAUCUGCUCCAGGGUCUGAGCCACAAUGUGAUCUUCACCUUGGAUUCCUUGUUAAAAGGAGACCUGAAGGGGGUCAAAGGAGAUCUCAAGAAGCCAUUUGACAAAGCCUGGAAAGAUUAUGAGACGAAGUUUACAAAAAUCGAGAAGGAGAAAAGAGAGCACGCAAAACAGCACGGGAUGAUCCGAACAGAGAUAACAGGAGCUGAGAUUGCAGAAGAAAUGGAAAAGGAACGGCGGCUUUUUCAGCUCCAGAUGUGUGAAUAUCUCAUUAAAGUUAAUGAAAUCAAGACCAAAAAGGGUGUGGACCUGCUGCAGAACCUCAUAAAGUAUUAUCAUGCACAAUGCAAUUUCUUUCAGGAUGGCUUGAAAACAGCUGAUAAACUGAAACAGUACAUUGAAAAGCUGGCUGCUGACUUAUAUAAUAUAAAGCAAACCCAAGAUGAAGAAAAGAAACAGUUAACUGCACUCCGAGACCUAAUAAAAUCCUCUCUGCAGCUUGAUCCGAAAGAAGACUCUCAGAGCCGGCAAGGUGGCUACAGUAUGCAUCAGCUCCAGGGCAACAAGGAGUAUGGCAGUGAAAAGAAGGGCUUUCUGCUGAAGAAGAGUGACGGGAUCCGGAAAGUGUGGCAAAGAAGGAAGUGUGCUGUCAAGAAUGGGAUACUGACCAUUUCACAUGCAACUUCCAACAGGCAGCCUGCUAAGUUAAACCUCCUCACCUGCCAGGUGAAACCGAAUGCUGAGGACAAGAAGUCUUUUGACCUGAUAUCACAUAAUCGAACAUAUCACUUUCAGGCAGAAGACGAGCAGGACUAUGUAGCGUGGAUAUCAGUACUGACGAAUAGCAAAGAAGAGGCCCUAACCAUGGCCUUCCGUGGUGAGCAGAGCACAGGGGAGAAUAGCCUGGAGGAUCUGACCAAAGCCAUCAUUGAGGAUGUACAGCGACUCCCUGGGAAUGACAUCUGCUGUGACUGUGGCUCAUCAGAACCCACAUGGCUUUCCACCAACUUGGGUAUUUUGACCUGUAUAGAAUGUUCCGGAAUCCAUAGGGAAAUGGGGGUUCAUAUUUCUCGCAUUCAGUCUUUGGAACUAGACAAAUUAGGAACUUCUGAACUCUUGCUGGCCAAGAAUGUAGGAAACAAUAGUUUUAAUGAUAUUAUGGAAGCAAAUUUACCCAGCCCUUCACCAAAGCCCACCCCUUCAAGUGAUAUGACUGUACGGAAAGAGUACAUCACUGCAAAGUAUGUUGACCACCGGUUCUCCAGGAAGACCUGUGCCUCUUCCUCAGCAAAGCUGAAUGAAUUGCUUGAGGCCAUCAAGUCCAGGGACUUACUUGCACUAAUCCAAGUCUAUGCAGAGGGAGUGGAGUUAAUGGAGCCACUGCUAGAACCUGGGCAGGAGCUUGGGGAGACAGCUCUUCACCUUGCUGUCAGGACCGCAGACCAGACGUCUCUCCAUCUGGUGGAUUUCCUUGUCCAAAACUGUGGGAACCUGGAUAAGCAGACGUCCGUGGGGAAUACGGUGUUGCACUAUUGCAGCAUGUACGGCAAGCCCGAGUGUCUGAAGCUGCUGCUUAGGAGCAAGCCCACAGUGGACAUUGUUAACCAAAAUGGAGAAACUGCCUUGGAUAUAGCAAAGAGACUCAAAGCUACGCAGUGCGAAGAUCUGCUUUCCCAAGCUAAGUCUGGGAAGUUCAACCCGCAUGUCCAUGUAGAGUACGAGUGGAAUCUUCGACAGGACGAGAUGGAUGAGAGCGAUGACGACCUGGAUGACAAACCAAGCCCCAUCAAAAAGGAGCGCUCACCCAGACCACAGAGCUUCUGCCACUCAUCCAGCAUCUCACCACAGGACAAGCUGGCACUGCCAGGGUUCAGCACUCCACGGGACAAACAGCGGCUCUCCUACGGAGCCUUCACCAACCAGAUCUUCGUCUCUACGAGCACAGAUUUGCCCACAUCACCCACCAGUGAGGCUCCCCCUUUACCGCCUAGGAAUGCCGGGAAAGGUCCAACUGGCCCACCUUCAACACUCCCUCUAGGCACCCAGACCUCUAGUGGCAGCUCCACCCUAUCCAAGAAGAGGCCUCCUCCCCCACCACCAGGACACAAGAGAACCCUGUCUGACCCUCCCAGCCCACUACCUCAUGGGCCCCCAAACAAAGGCGCAAUUCCUUGGGGUAACGAUGUGGGCCCAUCAUCUUCAAGUAAAACAGCAAACAAGUUUGAGGGACUAUCUCAGCAAGCAAGCACCAGUUCUGCUAAGACUGCCCUUGGCCCGAGAGUGCUUCCUAAACUACCUCAGAAAGUGGCACUAAGGAAGACAGAGACCAGCCAUCAUCUUUCCCUCGACAGAGCUAACAUCCCACCUGAGACUUUUCAGAAAUCAUCACAGUUGUCGGAGUUACCCCAAAAGCCACCACUUGGAGACCUGCCCCCAAAGCCUAUGGAACUGGCCCCCAAGCCCCAAAUUGGAGAGUUGCCGCCUAAGCCUGGAGAGCUGCCCCCUAAGCCCCAAUUAGGUGACCUGCCCCCCAAGCCACAGCUCUCAGACUUACCUCCCAAGCCACAGAUGAAGGACCUUCCCCCCAAGCCACAGCUGGGGGACCUGCUGGCAAAGUCUCAGGCUAGCGAUUUGUCGGCCAAGGUGCAGCCACCCUCAGAGGUCACACAGAGGUCACACACUGGGGAUCUGUCUCCAAAUGUGCAGUCCAGAGAUGCCAUCCAGAAGCAAGCAUCUGAGGACUCCAACGACCUCACACCCACGCUGCCAGAGACACCCGUACCACUGCCCAGAAAAAUCAAUACGGGGAAAAAUAAAGUGAGGCGUGUGAAGACCAUUUAUGACUGCCAGGCAGACAAUGACGAUGAGCUCACAUUUAUUGAGGGUGAAGUGAUCAUUGUCACUGGGGAAGAGGACCAGGAGUGGUGGAUUGGGCAUAUCGAAGGACAGCCUGAAAGGAAGGGUGUCUUUCCAGUGUCCUUUGUUCACAUCCUGUCUGACUAGCAAAAAGCAGAACCUUCUGUCCGUCCACACCCUUCAUGCCAGACCGCUGCCUCCAUGUAAUCCUGUGUACAACAUGUAUAUAGCUGCUGUUACAGACCAAGAACUCAUGGAAGGGCCACUCAGGAGGGGAAUAUAGUAUGUAUUGUAAAUAUCCUGUGGCCUUCUGCCUUCACCAGUAUUAGGGUAACCUCGGGACCUGGUGCGCCUUACUGGUUUGCCAAAGCCAUCCUUGGCAUCUAGCACUUACAUCUCUCUGUGCUGUUUUAUGAGCAAACAAAAACCAGGAGUAUAGGAACUGCUGGCUUUGCAGGUGAAGAGUCUCCAGCAGCUGUCAAAGGGUGCAGAACUGACUUCUAACAAUGCAGUAUUCUCAGUGGCGUUACUGAACAUGCAACAUUAGCAGAGGUGGGUUCUGUGCUCCGGGUGGAACGUUAGGUUAGCCCCCUGGCCAGCCAGCCUGUAGUUAUCUGUGUACACAGUUUACAGCUACAAAAACCUACUUUGGUAUUUAUUACAGAAAAGUGUUCAGUUAAUUGUGUUAUUCCUUCAGCAAAUAUUCACUGACACAAAAUCCUCUGCAGCAUUUUACAGCAUAUGCAGCCUCGUGCAAGUUUAGAUGAGUGGAUUUGUACAUCUUAUGGCGAGUGGCCACCCCUGAGAUAUUACCUCAUUAUGCAGAAGUAACAUAUCCUUCAUGACUAUUUUGACAAAAGCUUAAAACCACAUCUGAUGGAAGUCCAACUUUCAGGAACCAAGGACUGCCAGAAAAUAUCUGCCUCUACGUUAUGCAUGCAUCUAGACGCUUACCUGAAUUCUGCCUUUUAUAAAGGAACAAACAGUAUGAAGAAGUGAACUGUACAUUUUUAAACUUGAUUGCCAUUAAAGCAGAAGUUACAAGGUUGCAACAAUACUUGUUUCUGGUCACUCAUUUGGCCUUUUCCAGAGUGUUUGCACAUGGUGUUGACACAGCACCCCCAAUGGUGUUGAAAAGCAUCUAAGGGGUCAGUUUGACAUAGUUUUCUUCAUUUUGUUCUUGAUUAAACCCUUACUAUACAAGUUGGAAAACUAUAAAGUUGGUCUUCCCGUUUUCUCCUGCAGAAUCCAGGUGCUGACACCACACGUUGCUUUUCCUCCCCCCUCUCCUCUUCCUUAACUCCAAUGCUAGAGUACUCUCCUUACCCUCAGCUUACCCAGUGGACACAUGCCCUUCAGGUCAGUGUAUAACCGAGUUGUGGGAUGCUGCUAUGAAUCGCACUGUGAUGAAGCCCUCUGCAAGCCAUCUCUGUCUGUCCGAUUGUCUUCUGUCUGUCUCUGGUUUGUUGUCGCUUGUGUUUUUCUUUGUUAUGAUUCUUUUCCCUCAGCCCAUUCAGCCCAUUGCGUUUCCGUCUUUGGCCUCAGAGUGAGUUUGGGGAAAGGAUGCCUAGCUGUGUUGCCCCUGGCUCCAGGACUGCUGUGACUCUGAGGUGUGCUGUCAUGCCAUGCUCCAUUUGCUUAAGUUCAUCUUGAGCACAGCACAGAAGACAAAUACUCUUAAGCAGACAACCUCACAAUGAAUUAAAAACACUGAUUUCACAGAAGCACAGUUCCCAUGAAGCCUGUGGGAAGAGCCCUCUCAUAGCCACAGUGCUUAGUAAAUACUAACUCAGUUCUGCCUACGUGGUUGCAGUGAGAUCUCUGAAUAGCCACCCAAGAAAUAAACCUUGCAGGACAAACCUGCAAAAUACUCUAUCAUCUAUUACUGGGAACUGAUCUUGAACAAUUGCUUCCAUAGUCUCUGGGCACCUGUGCAUCCACCGCACCAAACCAGGAGCAAAGGUGCCUGCCAGCAUGCUGGUGUGUGGCCAGCAGCACCUGACAGCCAUGUUUUAGAGGCCAUAAUGGUUUCAGGAAUGUGGUGAUUGCCCAAUGUGCCAUUUUGUUCACACAUUCUUAAGAGCCGUUAAAGUUGCGUUGUGGGGGUCUCAGCUGUCUUCUGCUGAUUUGAACAUAAGCUGUUUUUAAACAAACAAGCUCCUUGUCUAAAAUGAUGAAGAGUCGUUACUCUGUUCUGCUGCAGGGACUCACAAAUGUGUGUUCAUACCUUUCUUUUCUGGUUUCCGUUUGUUUCCCAUCAGGAAUUUGAGUUCUCUCUACUCCGUUGUACUGUGGGACAUAGGAAAACUAGGUAGACAUUCCUUUGGUGAUCUUGUUAAAUUUAAAUCUGACCUUGUUCUGGGACGGGGUAAGCCACUAUCUAGUUUUGGACAUGACAUAAUAUUUCGAAGGUAUGCAACCUUAAGAAAGAAAGAUCAAAUCCAUUCCUUUUCCCCCCUAGAAGGGAAAAGUUAUGUCUGCAAACAGUGUGUCUUGUUUUCCUGUUGGACAGCCAUUGUUAUUUAUUUUUUUAUUGCCUACUACCUGGACGUGGAAUAUAGGAGCCCAGUCAUGCCUGCCACUAGUUAAAUCCCACAUUCGUACCCGAGAGUUACCAUGGAGCAUCAGUACACUUUUUAUUUCACAUGUAUUUGAUGUGAGUUUCUCAGUACUGUAUGUGUUAAUUUCUACUUUUUUAAUAUUUAAGAUUGCUUUUAAAUAAACAUAUUCUCAGUUGA